CCGAGUCCCAGUGACUCCUCCCCGUUGGAGUUGGGGGGAGCGCGCGGGGGAAACAAAUAAAACUGCAGGCGACGGCCGGUGGUGGCAAGACGAGCUGGAGUCUCAGGACCCUUCCUGCUCCUCUGACUCACUGCUCCUUCUGACUCGCUGCCGGACUCCUCUGCUCUGAAACACCCCGGACCCUCAGCCCAGACCGAGGUGCACCAGCCGGCCAGCACACCUGCGCUGCCCACCCGGACGCGACCCGCCCCCUCCUCGGUCCCAGGCUCUGCUCCUUGCAGCCUUCCCCCGGAAGCCAGCCCCAGCCCAGCCCCUGCCAGGCCCGGUGGGCAUCAAGAUGAAGGCGGCCCGCUUCGUGAUGCGCAGCGCCCGCUCUCUGAGCGGCGCUAGCCCGGUGCCCCGCGAGGUCGAGCAUUUCUCGCGCUACAGCCCAUCCCCGCUGUCCAUGAAGCAGCUGCUGGACUUUGGUUCAGAAAACGCAUGUGAAAGAACUUCCUUUGCAUUUUUAAGACAAGAAUUACCUGUGAGGCUUGCCAAUAUCCUGAAGGAAAUUGAUAUCCUCCCUGAUCGAUUAAUAAAUACCUCUUCAGUGCAGUUAGUUAAAAGCUGGUAUAUCCAGAGCCUGAUGGAUUUGGUGGAAUUCCAUGAGAGAAACCCAGAAGACCAGAAAACAUUAUCAGAUUUUGUAGAUACUCUCAUCAAAGUUCGAAAUAGAAACCAUAAUGUAGUUCCUACAAUGGCACAAGGAGUCAUAGAAUAUAAAGAUGGCUGUACAGUUGACCCAGUCACCAAUCAAAAUCUUCAAUAUUUCUUGGAUCGAUUUUACAUGAACCGUAUUUCUACCCGGAUGCUAAUGAACCAGCACAUUCUUUUAUUUAGUGACUCAGAGACAAGAAACCCAAGCCACAUUGGAAGCAUUGAUCCAAACUGUGAUGUAGUAGCAGUGAUCCAAGAUGCCUUUGAGUGUUCCAAGAUGCUUUGUGACCAGUAUUACUUAACAUCUCCGGAAUUAAAGCUCACACAAGUGAAUGGAAAGUCACCAGAACAACCGAUUCACAUUGUGUACGUUCCUUCUCAUCUUCACCAUAUGCUCUUUGAACUAUUUAAGAAUGCAAUGAGGGCAACCGUGGAACACCAGGAAAACUGCUCUCCCCUCACACCUAUUGAGGUGACUGUGGUCUUGGGGAAGGAAGACCUUACAAUUAAGAUUUCAGACAGAGGAGGUGGUGUUCCCCUGAGGGUCAUCGACCGCCUCUUUAGUUACACCUACUCCACUGCACCAACUCCUGUGAUGGACAAUGCCCGGAAUGCUCCUUUGGCCGGUUUCGGUUAUGGCUUGCCAAUUUCCCGUCUCUAUGCCAAGUACUUUCAAGGAGAUCUGCAUCUCUACUCUUUAUCAGGAUAUGGAACAGAUGCUAUCAUCUACUUAAAGGCUUUGUCUUCUGAGUCUAUUGAAAAACUCCCCGUCUUUAACAAAUCAGCCUUUAAACAUUAUCAGAUGAUCACUGAGGCUGACGACUGGUGUAUCCCAAGCAAGGAACCAAAGAACCUGGCAAAGGAGACAGUGGCUGUGUGAAGAUGGACACUCAGGACUCUUGAAGGGAUCAAAGUGGGUCUGCCAGUGCUGCUUUCUGAAUGUUUGCAUGUGAACUCUUCUUCCCUCAAAAACAAACAACAGCAACAGAAACUCCUUCACCAGAACGCUGAAGGGAAGAGGAACAACGCUCGUUUCCGUGACCCAGCAGAGCACAGAGCUAGGGACGACCAGAGUUAACAGAUGGCUAUCUCUUUAUUCUCUCAACAUAGAAUAAUGCUUGAGUUUAUAUCAAACCCAAAAGAAGAUAUAAGCCUCAAUUUUUCAUCUCUUUUUUCAGCAGGAAUGGGAAAGGGAGCAAAGUGAAGAUACAGGCCAUCAGUUUCAAUGGACUGAUAUUUUAGACCGCUGGUUGAUGCCAUAUUAAUAUUCAUGGAACAUUGUGUCAAUUAUACCAGUGUUUUCCUGCCUUUCAAAAAUGUAGGGUUUAUUUUACACUAGAUAACUAGAAAUGUAUGUAAAUGCAUAUUUCAUAUAUAUCUAUGUGCUCUAGAGAGGAAAAACUGGUGACUAAAAUAAUAUUCACUUUGAAUGACGAAUGAGUCAAAAUAUUUCAUUCAAAGUUUCAGCCAAGGCACUGAGCCUAUGUAAAAACUUAGAGGAAAGCUUUUUCUGAAAAAUACAAGCUAUUCCUGAUAAUACCUUUAUUAUGCUGCUUUCCAUGUUCACACAUCACAUAGUACGUGAACACUUAUUGCAAGGUGCCUAGUCUUGGGUGAAUUUUAAAAUAUGUGCUGAAUUCAGAAUGUCGAUGGUUGGAGGGAGAGGAGAAUUGCCAAAGUGAAAAAAUAUCUCUCAUCUUGCUUUGUUUCUAAAUGAAACAGUAGACUGGAAAAACUGUUGUUAGGGAAAGGAGUCAUGCCUUCAGAACCUAACUCAGAAAGAAGGGCUGUUCUCUACCCUGCAGUGGUAAUAAUCCAAAGACAUCCAUUUUCUAGAUUUAAAAAGAUGUGUUUUUGAUAUAUUUAAUUAUACUCUUUACACUCCAGCAUUAACAUGUCUGUAAAAAAAAAUCCUAAUUAUCAAAUGACUCAAGGACAUUAGAAUUUAAAUACUUCUUGAAGUAUUUUUAACAAGUAGCCUGGAAGUAAGAGGAUUUCAUGCCAGGAUGUUUUCAUUGGUGAAUCAUGGAGAUUGAGAGUUAAUGAAUGAAAGCUUUACUGCACAUGGCACUUUGGGGAGUUCAGGUAUAAUAUGCAGGUUGACAGGACAGUCUAGAACAUUACCUUAGGGAAGUAGUGAAAAUAUAAAAGAAGGAAAGAAGAGAGAAGGAAGAAGGAAAGAAGGAAGGGAGGGAGGAAGGAAGGGAGGGAGGGAGGGAGGAAGGAAGGAAGGAAGGAAGGAAGGAAGGAAGGAAGGAAGGAAGGAAGGAAGGAAGGAAGGAAGGACAUUUUGCUAUAUUUCCAACAAAUUAUUUCAAGAAAUGAUCUAUAUUUUCAUGGACAAAUUAUUGGCAAGAGGAUGAAUUGGUGUUUUCCAAAACAGUAUGACUUCUUUAAACGGUUUUCUCACUUUUGCAAGAAAAUAGGCUUUAAUGAGAUAAUAAACUCAUGUGUCAAAUCAAUAUUUAAACUGGGUUAUGGAAAAAAGAUUUUUCUGCAUUGGAAAAUAAUCAGUACUGUCUAUGUGUUUAACCUUACAUUUGUGUUUAAUAUUGUCAUGGCCCAGUGUUGUGGUACUUCUGGGAGUGGCCAUACAAGCUUCCAGCUGUUUGUUGUGAAUUUCAGGUUUUAUCAUCGGAAGUCCUAGAUAGUGACUUUCAUUGAUGAUAGGAUUCUGGCAUACGCAUUUAUUGAUUACACAAAACUAUUUUAUAAGUUAUUUGAAUUUUCAUUUUUUACUGAAAUUUAAACAUUUUUGUAUGUAAAUACUUGUAUUUACCAAAGAUUUAAAGCAGUUGAUUAAUUAAUUCACUGUGAACUAUCAUGAAACACUAGAGAAAAAGAAAUGUUGAUAUCUCAAUAAUAGCAGCUUCGUAAAUGGAGUUCUAUAAAAUAGAAAUAGACUACAUUGGUAUUUGUAAAAUUUAUGGAAGAGCUUUAGGAUUCUACUGAAUAGAUACUAAAAUGUUCAGACCCACUUAAGUUAUUAAUGUAUAAAUUGUAUUUUUGACUUUAGGCCAUGUACAGAGAAAUGUGACAAUUUUGAUAAUAAAUAUUUUUAUUAUAAUAGCAGACAUA